AUGAGAAAGAAUAGAGCGCACGAACUGUACUUGGUUAGUAAUUCAGAAGUGUGCGCGGACAGAGCGGCGUACGUUUUGGAUGGUAGAGUAAUGGGGAGCAACGGCGCUCGUCGUACUGGUAUGGCAAGGCUUAGACUCAGAGUGUGGCCCAUGUCCAUGGC